UAGCACUACCACAACACACACCAGUCUCGUGAGAGUUACAAGGAGCGGAAGAGGAAGUCCGACCUUUUUAAAGAUGGCGACCCCCUAUGUGACUGAUGAAUCUGGGAAAUAUAUCGCCGCCACGCAGCGGCCGGACGGCACGUGGAGGAAACCGCGGCGGGUGAAGGAUGGAUAUGUACCGCAGGAGGAGGUACCCGUCUAUGAAAACAAGUACGUGAAGUUCUUUAAGAGUAAACCCGACCUGCCACCCGGCAUGAACCCAGAGGAUGCGGCCAUCGCCCGACAGCAGCAGCAGGCUUUGAGUGGAACAGACAAGCAGAGUGUCACAGCUGGAGUCUCAAAAAUAGCAAAACGCAACAUGAAGCGCAAAGAAAAACGCAAACAGCAGAGUCAGCACCAUCAGGAGGCCAGCGAGGAGGUCUUGAGUAAAGACAUGAAUAGAAUGAAUAUCUCAGCAGAGGAGAGGAGGGUCAGCCCUGACCCGAACCCCGAUCCUGGCAGCACAGAUCCGUCCGCAGCUGCUGCAGAGAAGGCCAGAAAGAUCAAGAAUCUGCGCAAGAAGCUGCGGCAGGUGGAGGAACUCCAGCAGAAGGUGGAUUCUGGAGAGCUGAAAAUCCCCAGCAAGGAACAGCUGGACAAACUGGAGCGAGGCCAGGCGUUACAGGAGGAGCUUCACAUCCUGGAACAAGAUUUGUGAACUGGGGGAGUUAUUUGUAGGCUCAGUUGUCCGGAAAACGUGUCUAUUUCCAUCAUGUCAGAGUGUAUUUCUGUAUCGAUUAAAGUGGUCAGCAGCUAUAACCACUUUUCUACAUUCUUGUGUUCUGUACAUAAUGAACAUCUUGCACUGUGGACUCAGAACCUAUGGGAUUGCAAAUGGUUUCCCCUCGUUCAUUAAAACCGAUCACAAUUUCACUCUCUAUACUAGUUUGUGAGCUUGUGUUAUAGAGACUGGUGGACUAAAAUCCCAUGGUGUCCUUUUUUCUUUUAAACAUAUUUUUUUACAACUGUAGUGAAUAAUGGCAUGAAAUAUUAAUAUGUAGAAUUGUGUUAUAUUAAAGGUAGGACCAAAAUACUGCUUUUAUUUCUGUUA